AUCUUGCGAUAAGAAAUCGUUACCGUAAAUGUAGAUCUGCAUAUUCACCCUGUGGAUUCAUGCAGAAGCAUGAAUAAGAAAAUUGGGGGAAAAAAGAAGACUUUAGUCGCAGGAAUUGUGUUAUGAAACUCGGGAUCCUUGGGUUUCACAACAGGGCGGAAAGCUACUCUCUCGACCAAUCAAAGCCCACGCUGCUUGGUCACGUGACUUUUAUUUAUGUAAUGUAAUGGUGUAACACAGUAACCUAGCUUCGUGUCUUUGGAUGCUUCGUUAUAGGGGUUAAAAGCGGACACGGGCUACUGAAUAGAAAAUAAUAAUGAUAAUUAUAUAAAUAACAAUGUACCGUUUUAUUGGUCCGGUUAAUGCUUUGUUUUAGGAGUUUGGAGCGUCAAGGGGAGCUGUGUCUAUUUAACCUGACCAAAAAGGGAAGAUGCUGUUUGUCCCAAACCAAAGUGAAGGCUCGAAACGACAAUGUCAGUAAACAUUUUCAUUCGAAAAAUUAAUUUCUGAGGUAAGUUUAACGGGGCAGAUAAUAGCAGUAACCUAAGCUUGAGCAGAUGUGGGACAGAUUUAUUUAGUCUUUCGCAAGCCGUCAGUAUGUCAUUUGAAUGGUCCGUGCGAAAAUAAAACCCAGACCCUCGUCUCUGGAUUGCUUUGACAAACAAAGUAAAAGCUCUUCUCGUGGGACAUCGUGCUGGUGACUUAACCCGUCUGCAAUGGAUCUACUGGAGUGUCCUGUCUGUCUCCUCUUGAUGUGCGAGCCGGUGACCAUGUCGUGCGGCCACACGUUCUGCCGGAGGUGCGUGGGGGGUUAUCUCCCUUCAAAAUGCCCGCUGUGCAAAGAGAGGUUAAAACAAAAGGAGGUGAAAGGAAUGAAGAACAACGUUCUGCUCAUCAGUGUCGUUGAAAAGUGUUGCCCCGACGAGGCGAGAGUGAAGUGCCAAAUUCAAGAGAAGCUCAAAGCCAACGAGUUCCCGGAAGCUUUACGCAUGGCCAAUGAGGGAGUACAUUUAGUCCCACUCGAUCAGAGCUUGAAGUUGUGCAGAGCUGAGGCUAACUUGGGCCUCCUGCGCUUCUCCGAUGCUCUGACGGACCUCGACUACCUCUGCUGCCUUCACCCCAGCUGGACAGAGGGCUUCUUUCGAAAAGGGAAUGUACUUCUGGAAAUGGGUCAGCAGAAAGAAGCCCUCAUCCAGUUUCACCGUUGCCUAAAAAUUCAUGCUGACUUUGGUCCUGCAAAGAGCCAGAUCAAGAAGAUCCUGGAGGUCGAGGGAAUCGCAGUCCCAGAAGAGGUGUCCUGCAUUUUGCAGGUGCUGACCGAGUACUUGAACGAGCCCUGCCCCAUCACCACCAUCAGUGGCUCCCAGGGGCCGGUGCACGGUGAAAGUAAACAUCCCAGUGAAGGGAGGAGAGAUGCUCACCAGUUGAAACAUGACGCAGGCACCGAAUGCUGCCUCAGUCUCUGCCAAGCUGUUUCCUUCCUCCCUGCUGCUGAGGAGGAUGAGGAGAUGAUGAUGAGGAAGGAAGAUAGGCAUGGAAGAGGUGAAAGUAAAGCAAACGGAGCAGAAACGCUGAGUGUUCUCACUGUGUCAGACUUUGAGUGUCCUCUCUGCAUCAGGUUGUUUUUUGAGCCAAUCACAACUCCCUGUGGCCACACUUUCUGCAAAAACUGCAUCGAGAGGAGUCUGGACCACAACCUCCGCUGUCCGCUCUGCAAGCAUCCACUACAAGAGUACUUAAGAAACAGGAAGUACAACCUGACAAUUCUGCUCCAAGACGUCAUGUCCAGACUUUUUCCCUCUCAACUGGCUGAGAGGAAACAGGUCCACGAUGCAGAGAUGGCCGAGCUGUCCAAUCUCACCAAGGACAUCCCAAUAUUUGUAUGCACGGUGGCCUACCCUGGAGUGCCCUGCCCUCUGCACAUCUUUGAACCGCGAUAUCGGCUGAUGAUGCGUCGCUGCAUGGAGACGGGCACCAAGAAGUUUGGCAUGUGCAGCUAUGAGCAUGGAAAAGGGUUUGCAGACUAUGGCUGCAUGUUGGAGAUCCUCAGCCUGGAGCUGCUCCCUGAUGGACGAUCUUACGUGGAAACGGUAGGGGGUCGCAGAUUCAGGGUGCUCAAGAGAGGUCAGAGGGAUGGCUACCACACCGCUGACAUAGAAUACCUGGAGGACAUCAAGGUUGAUGGAAAUGACCUGGAGUUGUUACACCACCUCCACGACAGUGUGUACCAGCAGGCUCAGGACUGGUAUCAUCGCCUGGGCAGCCGCAUCCGAGAGCAGAUCACCAGACAGUAUGGCAGCUUGCCGGAUAAGGAGGAAAACAUUCAGGCCUCUGUUAACGGCCCGGCGUGGUGCUGGUGGCUGCUCUCUGUCCUGCAGCUGGACCCUGCCUAUCAAACCACUGUCCUCUCCCUGAACUCACUCAAAGACCGCUUGGGACACGUUCGCCUAGUCCUUGAGUACUUCUCUCAGAGCUAAAGAGCCCAGAUCACACCCAGGUGGCAGGGUGGGGAAUUGUGGUCCCAGCUAAGCUGACAGUAAAAUAUUACGCAUGCACAAACAAACAGAAUGAAACCAGUGAAUGCACGCACAACACAGAGUUUAAGGUUAGGUUUGGGAUUACUCUGAAACAUAGAGGGACUGUUUUAAUGUGGCACCUGGCCAAUCGCAGGAUGCUUGUGAUUUUUACUGCAGAACACAAUGCAGAGUUGUUUUUGUUUUUUUGUUUUUAGUUUGCAUAUUUUGUUUCCUACACCAGAAUGACCAAAGAUGCUUCUUAUUUUGGGUCAUCUGAAGUGAUUAUUUGUGGAUAGACUUCAAUAAAUCAGGUUAUUUUCAAAUAAAAACUGCUGAAUAUGGACAGUGGGUGUCACUGUUUUUACUGCAGUCGUUGUAUGAAGCAGCAUCAGCCAAGUGAAUACAGUUCAAUACACAGAUGUGUGUGCAUUUGCCUGUUCUAACUGGACCCUUUGCAUUACACCAGCUACGUUUGGAGUGAGAAUACAUAUUAAUAGCAGAUAUAACAUAUGUUGCCAGGAUGGUGCACGUCAUUGUUUAUGUUGGAUAUGUGAUUAUUUGUUAUAAGGUACUUCUUCCUUGGCCUCUGCAGCCAUUGGGUGUGGCUCAUUUUAUACCAGUAAAUAUCAAAAGCCUCCUGUUUUGUAUGAAAGUUGCAAUAAUAACUGAUGAUGUCACAGGGCUGCAGCUGGAAGUUCUUUUUAAUGAAUGAGAGCUGCUGUCUCUGGAUGCCCUUGCUGAUCAUUCAGUUGCAAAUAACUUCAUGAUAGUGAGUUGGGGGUGGUGAAUGGCGGUGUGUGUAAUAGGUCUAAUUUGCAGUAUGAACCCUUGAAGAACAUAGCACAUUUGUCAGGUGUAAAUAUGUCAUUUCUGUCAGUUUCCAUUUUCACCAGCUGUGUUUUUAUUAAUUUUUUUUAAUUAGAUAUGACCUGUUGAUGGCACUGAUAACAGCUACUGUAAUGUUUGGCUCCCUUCAGGCGCAUGAAGCUGUGGUGACAUCUCUCAUCUCUCAAUAUUUUGGCUAUAACACUUUGGUUGUAGUCCAACUUGGAUUGAGUCCCUGUUACCACAAGGAGGGAAGGUGGAGGGUGGGGAGGCAUCCAUGUAGGCCAUGGCACCUGCCUGAAGCCUUUGCUCCGUCUCUGAGUCUGUCUGGCCCGUCUGGCCUGUAUAUCACCUGUCAUGGUGCCUUUGAGUGCCUCGGCCUACUCACCAGAAGACCUUGAAAGUCUUAGAGUUUCUACAGGUGGAUGUAGGAUGUAGUGGUACAUUCCAUGGAAUGUUGAAGUUGCAAAGUUAAAAAAAAAAAAAAAAAAAAAGACUACAGGCUUAACUGGGUGAUUUUUUUUUUUAAAUUUUGAUAAAUGUGCCAUAUGUAUCUCUGCAUUAUAUGCUUUAUAGGAAUAGUUACCUGAGUCGUCACUGUGUUUAUGUUGGUUUGCAUCUAAAACUCAUGGAAGUUAGGCCUUGACCCUCAUGCCUUUUGUAUGUUGGGCAGUGAACUACCCGUUUAUUUCCUUCUUUGGAAACAUAUCACUUGAAAAAUGUCCAGCUACAUCCACUUUGUGUGAUUGAGAGCAACAACCCUGUCUGUAUAAUAAUGUAGAUAUAGCUCAGACUUAAAGGGGUAAUCACGAUACUCAAAAUAUCCCUCUGAGUGAUGAACUAAUUAACAAACUGAUGGACACUGGGGCAACAGUGGUGACUUGAUUAACAGGCUCCUCUCUGAACUCUGUGCUGGGAAUACUUCACCUGAUUAAAGCUAACGCAAUUUAAAAAGAGACUGGGGUUCUUGAAGUUUUGAAUGGCCAUCAUAAGUGUUGUAAGUACUGCGGUGUUUUAGCCCCUCUUACACACUUUUAAAGCUUGUAAAUCAAUAUAUUUUUGUGUUUUGAUGCUCAGUCAUUUUACAGGUUAUUGUGUUUUAUUGCUCAAACAUGCCACCCUUCUUUUCACCUCACGUUUUGUCAGAUUAUUAGAUUAUUUAAUUUCUGCACUGUUGCACAGUUUAAUUUCCAUAUUUAAAAAUUCGCCUCAUAUUUUUUUAAUCAGCUAUUUGUUUGUCUUUUGUGAUUUCGUAGACACUGCUUCUGAUAAAAUGCAGGGCAGUUAAGAUUUUCAGCUCAUUUGCUGGAAGUGUCAUCUGGGUCGGUAUGAUGGUCAGUGGCAUGUGGGUUAUUCUCUGCACAGUUUUCAAAUACCUCUCUGUCAGUCACAAUAGUUAAACCCACUGAGUCAAAGCCAGCAGCGGCAAAUUAUCUUGAUCUGAUUGUUGUUUACUCGCUUGCUCCCAGAAUGACUUUUUAUGUGUUAAUAUAAAUAAAGAUUUUCAAAGGAAA